CUCUGCUCAACUUUCACUCUCAGCCCUGCAAACAUGAAUAACAGAGAAAAUAACCAGACUUGUUUUCAAUAACCCAAUAAUUGCUUUGUAUUACAAAUUUACAAUCAACAACAAAAACCCAAAAGAAAUUAAAAAAAUGGUAGGCGCUCUCGCCAGAACCCCACCUCUCUUCUCCUCGUUCAUCAAAAUCCCACUUCCCCUAAUCUCCCGCAAUUCUCGCUGCAUUUUUCGUACAAUUAUCCACUUCCUGAAACCUAAACUGACCCCAACUUCCAUGGACAACUUCUCCAUGGACAAAAGGCUCCAUCUUUGCACUCUGGCUCUCUCCAAUGAUUCACCUUCGCGUUCGGCUUCGGCGCCACUGGUUUCCAACAAAUCCAAGAAGAAAGCAAGGCGAGAAUCGCCGGAGGGGGUACUGAGGCACAAGCUCGACAUGUGUUCCAGGCAUGGCCACCUGGUCGAAGCUCUGAGGAUUUAUGAUGAGGCCAGAAGUAGAGGGCUCCCGCUUAGUCUGCACCAUUAUAAUGUUUUGCUUUAUUUGUGCUCUUCCAAUGGUGGUGCUGAUGAUGAUGGUGUGGGUUUGAAGAGGGGUUUUGAGAUUUUUCGCCAGAUGGUUGAUGAUAAGGUUGUGCCCAAUGAGGCCACUUUUACCAGUGCUGCUAGGCUUGCGGCAGCAGCAGAGGACCCGGAAAUGGCCUUUCAUUUGGUGAAGCAGAUGAAGGGUCUUGGGAUUCCGCCCAAGUUGAGGUCCUACGGCCCGGCAUUGUUUGGGUUCUGUAAGAAGGGGGAGGCUGAUAGAGCUUAUGAAGUUGAUGCCCACAUGGUAGAAUCUAAGGUCAUCGCUGAGGAGCCUGAGAUUUCUGCUUUGUUAAAAGUUAGUUCUGAUUCUAGCAAGGGUGACAAGGUUUAUGAGAUGUUGCACCGGUUGCGGAUUUCCGUGAGGCAGGUCUCCGAGUCGACUUCUGGGGUGGUGGAGGAGUGGUUUAUGUCGGAGGAGGCGGCGAAUGUUGGGAUGGAGAGUUGGGACGUGGAGAAGGUGAGGGAAGGGGUUGUGAGAGGAGGUGGUGGGUGGCAUGGGCAAGGGUGGUUGGGGAGUGGGAAUUGGAGGGUGGUUAGGACUCAGAUGGAUGAAGCAGGGACAUGCUCUUGUUGCGGCCAAAAGCUUGUUUCUAUCGAUAUUGAUCCAAAAGAAACUGAGAAUUUUGCUACCUCUUUGAACAAAUUGGCUAGCCAAAGGGAGGUUAAGGCUGAUUUUUUUCAGUUCAAGGAGUGGCUUCAGAAGCAUGGUCCAUUUGAUGCUGUUAUAGAUGGUGCCAAUGUGGGUCUUAUCAAUCUACAUAAUUUCAGCUUUUCCCAGCUCAAUACUCUGGUGAACCGGUUACGCCAAAUGAGCCCGUCAAAGAGAUUGCCACUUGUUAUAUUACACACAAAUCGUGUAACUGGUGGCCCUGCUCAGAAUUCUAAUAACAAGAAACUGUUAGAGAGUUGGAAAAAGGCUGGUGCACUUUAUGCUACCCCAGCUGGUUCAAAUGAUGAUUGGUACUGGUUAUAUGCUGCUGUUAAUUCCAAGUGUUUGCUGGUGACAAACGAUGAGAUGAGAGACCACUUGUUCCAACUUCUAGGGACUAACUUUUUCCCAAGAUGGAAGGAAAAACAUCAGGUUCGAAUGUCAGUCUCGAGGCAGGGACUUGCCCUUCACAUGCCACCCCCAUAUUCAAUUGUAAUUCAGGAGUCGGAGGAUGGGCGGUGGCACGUGCCAACAACCACAGGUGAUGACAUUGAGACCCCAAGGCAGUGGCUGUGUGCCACCAGAGCCACAACAAAUACCAAAUAGAGGGAUAUAUAUAUAUAUAUAUAUAUAUAUUUCUUUGAUUCUUAAUUCAUAUGUGGUUUUUCAAAGAUAAAAAUAUAAUUCAUUGUACACUAUGAUUUAGAGUACACUGUAAUUGCUAUUUGUGUGAGAAUAAUGCCCUCCUCAAGGUUAACUUAAUCUAUAGAUUUCUUUGGU